AUGACUCGUCAGUGCCCCAACAUGGCCAUGCCUCUGCGCACCAAGGCUGUCAAUGUCUCCCACGGUGCCUCUUAUGGCGAUGGCGGUGAUAACGGCGGUGGUGGCUAUGGUGAUAACUAUGGUGACAACGGCGGUGACCGUGCUUGUUUCAACUGCGGCCAGACUGGUCACAACAAGGCGGAUUGUCCUGAGCCCCGCAAGAUGGGCGCCUGUUACAACUGUGGCGCGGAAGGUCACUCCAAGGCCGACUGCCCCGAGCCUCGCAAGGGAGGUGGUUGUUUCAACUGUGGCGAGGAAGGCCAUUCCAAGGCUGAUUGCCUCCACCCUCGUGUUUUCAAGGGUGCUUGUCGUAUCUGUGAGAAGGAGGGACACCCUGCUGCUGAAUGCCCCGAGCGACCUCCCGACGUGUGUAAGAACUGCCUUGCCGAAGGCCACAAGACGAUUGAAUGCACUGAGAAGCGCAAGUUCGAUCUCAACCAUGUUGCUGACAUGCUUCCUGUGGAGGCAUGGGCUGCAAUGAAGAAGGCUAGCGAUGAGAGGGACCUUGAUGAUUUCCGCGAGGUAACUGCACUUGAUGAGUCGGUACAUCGGCCUUUGCUAAUCCGGUUACAGGCGCUCAAGAUCUAUUCGAAGUCAUCUCCCGAUCAAACCUUCGCCGAUAUCGAAAAGAAGAUGCGUGAGGAGGAUUACAAGAUUUUCAUCAUCGCUCUGGAGAAGGAAGUUGACGAUGUUAUGAGCCUGAUUGAUCUUCAGGGCACCCUGGACCGCGAGUAUGUCGUUGGGUUCUACUUCCAAGCACAUGCGACGCGCGGCAACCUUCGUGAGCGCUGGCCUGCCGACCCCGAGGAGAACCUGGAGCGACUGGCCAAUGCCGGUCUUCCCUUUGACCGCAAGAUCCCCAAGUGUCUCAACUGUGGAGAGCUGGGUCAUAUCAGAAAGAGCUGCAAGGAGGAGCGUGUUGAAAAUGAUGAUCGUGUCGAGAUCAAAUGCUCCAACUGUGGUGAGGUUGGCCACCGGGUGCGUGACUGCAUGGUCAAGCGCAAGUACAAGCAUGGGUGCCGAAACUGCGGCGGCGGGGAUCAUAUUGCCGCCGAAUGUCCUGAGCCUCGCUCUGCCGAUAGUGUUGAGUGCCGCAAGUGCAGCCAGACUGGCCAUUUCGCUAAGGACUGCCCUACUGGUGGUGAUCGUGGCCCUCGUCAGUGCCGCAACUGCGGAUCCGAGGAUCACAUUGCGCGUGAAUGUGAUCAGCCCCGCGACCCCUCUACUAUGACCUGCCGCAACUGCGAUGAAGUUGGUCAUCUCUCCAAGGAAUGCCCUAAGCCACGAGACUAUUCCCGGGUUCAGUGCAACAACUGUGGUGAAUUUGGUCACACCGUUCGCCGCUGCAAGCAGGCACCCAAGGAAGAGACCGAGAACGUGCCUUCUUUCUCCCCUCCUGGAAGCCCUCCUCGCGGAGGCUGGUCUAGCCGCGGAGCAGAUGCUGCUGGUGGUGACGACGAAGGUUUCCGCCGUCGUGACCAAGAUGAUCGCUGGUAA